GACAGUGGAAAUGGAAAACAAAUGCCAGGUUUAGUAUUUGUGUUUGUGUUUUAUAAUUUUGAAAACUUAUUUGUUAGAAUUUGUACAAAAUGUCAGCUCUAUUUAAAAAUGCCAAGAAAAAAGUGAACCAGUCAGAAUUACGAAAACUAAUGAAUGAUCAUAAAAUUAAAGCCAAGGAUGUGAAAAGGAUUGAUUCUCCAUUAGCUAAAUAUAAUGAACAGGGUCAGCUCACAUGUGUGCUAUGUAAGUGGGUAGUGCGUUCAGAAUCUGUGUGGUCAUUACACAUAAACUCAAAAAAGCACAAAGAAAAUAUAGAAGUAGCAAAGAAAUUGAAGGAGCGGACAAAUAAUUUUACCCAGCCCUUGAAAAGACCAUUGACUCCUCCUUUACCUGAAGUUCCAGAGAAAAAAAUUAAAGGUAUUUUAAAAAAUGCUCCAGCUAGUAAAAGGACUGAAACUAAUAUAGAUAAUGGUCUUAGAGAAAAGAAUAAUGCACUGCCAGAUGAUUUUUUUGAUUCAAAAUCCAAAAGUCAGUCUACAUCCAAAACAGUUAGUACUGAAAAAGAACAAGAGGUAGAUAAGAUGGAAGUAGAUCAAGUUUCUGAUGGAAAAGAUGAACUUCCUGAAGGAUUUUUUGAUGAUCCUAAAUUAGAUGCUAAGGCAAGAAAUCUAGAAUACAAAGAUCCUGUAGAGGAGGAAUGGGAAAAGUUUUUAAAGGUUAUUAAAGAAGCAGACAAUGAAAGUAAUGCAAUUAUCGCAGAAGAUCAAGAAGAGGCUACAGCUGAUCGUCAGAUAGACGAAAUUGAUGAGCAAAUGAAAAAAUUAUCUAGGAUUCUUGACCUGGAAAAGAAAAAAGAGGAAGUGGUGGCACAAACCAAUGAAUCUAGAAACCAGAAUUCAAGUAUUGACAAUAAUGAAGAUGUUGAUGAUGAUUUUGAUGAGUUUUUGGAUUGGAGGGAAAAGAAAUCCUUCAAUUAGUUAAGAUUUAUAUUCAGUACAUUCUUGUAUAAUAUGUACAGUUAACACAUUUAAAUGUAUUUUC